AUGGCGGCAAUGGCUUCAAUGAUGAUGAAAGCACCCGGAGCCCUUAACUGCGGGGCAGUCAAAACGAAUAGUGUGCGUCAUAUCAGUAGUAGCCUCCAAGUCAAGUGCAUGGCUGCAAAGGUGAGCAGGAAAUUUGGCGACCUGUUUGCGUUCUCAGGGCCUGCGCCGGAGAUCAUCAAUGGAAGGGCGGCUAUGUCGGGGUUCGUGUCGCAAUUGAAUAGUGGAGGACUGUCGUGGUUUACGUUAACUGCAGGAUUAAUGACGGUGGGGACACUGGUGCCCCUGUUCAAUGGAAUAUCGGAGGAGAGCACGUCGCAGCCAAUAUUUUCAUCCACAGCAGAAAUGUGGAAUGGGCGCUUUGCUAUGCUCGGCCUCCUCGCAUUGGCUUUCACUGAAUACGUCAAGGGUGGACCGCUUGUAUAA